AUGGACAUGAAAACCCCACUCUCCCUCCUCCUCCUCUCCCUCCUCCUCCUCUCCUUCUCCCCCAAACCCUCCAAUGCAGCAUCAUCCCCUGUCCUCGACACUGAUGGCCACGAGCUCCAGACUGGCGUCAACUACCACAUCCUCCCGGUCCUCCGCGGCCGAGGCGGCGGCCUCACUCUGGGCGCCUCGAGGAGUGGCAACUGCCCACUCGCGGUCGUCCAGGAACAGCAGGAGCUCUCCGAUGGCCUCCCUGCCAAGUUCUCUCCUGUGGAUGGCGACAGCACCAUCCGCCUUUCAACUGAUCUCAACGUCUGGUUCGAUGCGGCGACGAUCUGUGUGCAGUCCACGGUGUGGAGGCUCGCCGCCUUCGAUGAGGAGGUGAAGCAGUACUUCGUCGAGAGCGGCGGGGUCCUGGGGAACCCGGGACGCGAGACCGUAAGCAACUGGUUCAAGAUCGAGAAGGUGGACGAGGAUUACAAUUUCCGGUUCUGUCCCACGGUGUGCGACACUUGCAGGGUGAUAUGUCGGGACGUCGGGAUUUAUGUGGAUGGUUCGACGCGGCGUCUGGCCUUGAGCGACGAGCCGUUCAGGGUCAAGUUCAGGAAGGCAUGA